AUGGCUACAAUACCAAUUAUCGUGAAGCAUCAAGGCAAACGUCAUGAGGUUGAGCUCGAUCCAUCUGCGAAUGGCGAAACACUCAAAUAUCAGAUGUACUCCCUGACUGGAGUCGAACCCGAGAGACAGAAAAUCUUGGUCAAGGGUGGCCAACUCAAAAAUGAAACGCCUUUGUCCGCUCUCAACGCUAAACCGGGUCAGACAUUCAUGAUGAUGGGUACGCCGUCUGGCGGUCAAGGUGCCGUAGACUUGGGACGGCCAAAGGAACCAGUCAAGUUUCUGGAGGAUAUGACCGAGGCCGAGGCUGCCAGAGCGGAGGGAGCCACCCCUGCUGGUCUACAAAAUCUUGGAAAUACUUGCUACCUCAACUCUACCCUACAAACCCUCAGGAGCGUCCCGGAGCUUCAACAGGAGCUUCUAAACUACAGACCCAGCGCGGGCUCUUCAGCGGGUUCAAGACUUUCAGAUCUCAGCAGCCUGGGCCUUGGUGGUCUUGGUGCCUCCAUGGAUCUUGUAUCCUCCUUGCGAGAUUUGUUCAAGCAGAUGUCCGAGACGCAAGAAGGUUUCCCACCACUUAUGUUUCUCAAUGCUUUGAGAAGCAUCUUCCCUCAAUUUGCUCAGAAAGACAGAAAUGGACAUGGCUAUGCUCAACAAGACGCUGAAGAGGCUUGGUCCCAAAUUGUCACUCAACUGCGAACCAAACUGGUGAUCAAAGAGGGCGAAGGAGACUCCGCUACCGAGGUGUCGUUCGUGGACAAAUAUCUUGCUGGUCGAUUCGAGUCGGUCACCGAAUGUGACGAUCCGGCGGCAAAAGAAGCCGGCGAGGAAGCGACAAAAAGCUCCGACGUCUUCUACAAGCUGGAUUGCCACAUCGGCAAAGAGACAAACCACUUGCAUGAUGGAAUACUGGCCGGUCUCGAGGAGAAGAUUGAAAAGCGAUCUCCUACUUUGGACCGCGACGCCGUCUACACUAAACGAUCCCGCAUUGCCCGGCUGCCCAAGUAUCUGACGGUGCACUUUGUCCGCUUUUUCUGGAAGCGAGAGACCCAAAAGAAGGCCAAGAUCAUGCGCAAAGUAACUUUCCCUGCCGAAUUGGAUGUGGUUGAAUUUUGUACGGAGGAGCUCAAGAAGCAGUUGGUCCCUAUCAGGGAUAAGGUACGAGAUAUCCGGAAAGAAGAGGUCGAUGUUGAGCGUGCCCGCAAGCGCCAGAAGUUGGCCCAUCAGCGGGAGGAGGAGCUGAAGAGAGCCGCUGAGUCUGAUGCGGGUCUGGAACCCAUGCAAAAAAAGAAAGCCACGGAGGAGCAAAAAGAGGCUACGAAGAACGGCGAGCAAGAUGGGGAUACAGGCAUGACAGAUGUCUUCAAGUCGGAUGCUGAUUACGAGGCUGAGAAGAAUGCCUCAAUUCUCGCUGCAAAGAAAGAAUUGUCUGCACUGAUUGACCCCAAACUCGCCUCAGAUGCCGGUACAAACAAGUCUGGCCUCUACGAGUUGCGCGCAGUCAUUACGCAUCAAGGCGCCAGUGCUGAUAGUGGUCACUACACGUCAUAUGUGAAGAAGCAGCCAAAUGGCAAGGGCGAGGAGGACGGGAAAUGGUGGUGGUUCAACGACGAGAAGGUCACCGAGGUGGACGGAGAGAAGAUUGAAACCCUUGCUGGUGGUGGUGAAUCCCAUUCUGCACUGAUCCUUCUUUACCGCGCAGUUGAUUUGCCCACUGCGGAAUAA